AUGAAUGAUUUUUUUGACAAUUAUGAGUAUUUAGAAAAUAUGUAUGAUAUCUUUGAUUGGAUUGAUAACAACACAGUUCGUGUGUCUAAACGGUAUGUAGGGGAUGCAGAAAAUUCUUUUGAAAUGUACACAGACGUACAAUUUUUCUGUCGUUUUAGAUUUCUAAAAGAAAUUGUUCUAAAUGUAAUAAUGGAUAUGAUUUAUGAGGAUAGAGAGGAAUUUAUUCAUACCGAUAAUAGAGGCUUACCUGUAGAAAGAUUAUUUAAAGUAUUAAUAGCAUUACGAUUUUAUGCAUCUGGUAAUUAUCAAGGAGUAAAUGGAGAUAUUCUAGGUUUAUCUCAAAGUAGUGUUAGUCGUGUUAUCAGAGAAAUAUCAAAACUUAUAGCAUCAACCACAAAUAUAAAAAAGUGGAUUAAACUUCCCACAAUACAAGAACCACAAGAAAUUAAACAACAAUUUUAUGGUGUUGCAAAAUUCCCUGGUGUUAUAGGUGCAAUAGAUUGCACCCAUAUUCCAAUUAAGAGUCUAGGGGGGGGGGAUAAUGCUGAAAUAUACCGUAACAGGAAAGGAUGGAUGUCAAUUAAUACCCAAAUAGGAUCAACACAUGACAUCUAA